AUGAAUGAACUGUCCGCUCUUUUGCACAUAGGACUUACAGCCAGGCCUGUGAUUGGUCCUCGUGGCCACAGGGUGGCUUGGCACGGUGACACAAAGGCUCUAAACAUCAUUGGAACUGGAGAGAAUAUCAUCCCCUCAAUACAUGUCCAGGAUCUCAGUAACAUUGUUACCUCGGUUGCAGAUGCUAAACCCAAAACUCGUUAUAUUGUAGCUGUUGACGAUUCAAUGAACUCUAUGACUGACAUUAUCACGGACAAAUGUGCGGACGCAGCAGCGGUAGAUGUGACUCUGAAAAUGUACCACAAUGAUACCACAAUCUGCUCGGCAGGAAUAUCGGGAGUUGGGUGUGAUUUUAAGUUCACUUUGGUGACCACAUCUGUAAACCGAACUACUACAACUCGAGUUGCAAUGUCCACUGUGUUCCUGCAUCUCACUACAACUGCUCUCAAAACGGGACCAGGAGAGUCCCAGCAAGCUUGUAGUCGCUGCAGGGCCUUCGAUUUGUGGCUGGGAUGCGAGCCUGAAGAUAACAAAGUUGUAUCGCUGUUUAAUGGACACAAGUGUGCAGCAGUGGAGAACGCCAACGUCAAGCUUAACUGUUCCUUAGGAGAUUCAGAUGGACUGACUCUAGAGUACAAAUGGUACAAGUCGAGCAAAGUGGGAGGGCAAUCCUUGGCUAGCAUGGCUUCAGAUGCUAAACAGAUAAACUGCACAUUUGAAGUGUGUGAUCUGAGCGAGGUGACGUGGUCGAGUGAGAUGAACCUGGAGAAGCACGACUCUCAUUUCUACCAAUGUGUUGUUACUGUGAAGGAGGGGGCUGAUGAGGCUGUGAAGACUGUGGCUACUUUGUAUAGUAACGUCCUGGCGGUGGAUGUUCAGAAGUAUGUAGCACCAGCCGGUGAAAUGGUGAGUGAGUCCCACUCAGUAGACAUUGGCACCGCUGAAGUGAAACUAGCCUGUGCUCUGCCAACCACCAACCCACCCUCUACUGCAGUAUGGAUAUAUUCCAAAGACGCUGACUCUAACGCAACGGCUAUAUCAAAUCAAGCAAAUAUGAUUGUGGUUCAAAACACCAUAAUUUCAACUGAUGCAAAGUUUGGGUACUCAGUAGGGAUGUUGGUGAUAAUGAACUUCAAGGCUGAUAAUGUAGGGGUGUAUAAGUGUGCUGUUCAACAUCAGACUUUGUUGGGUGUUGUUAAUCAGAAGGAUGUAGGCCUCUCACACUGUGGAAUCACACAAACCUCAGUGAGUGAGAGUCUGCGGAUAGUGAGCAAGGUUCAGAACCCCGCCUUCCUCUUCAACGACACAGACACCACCACUCUUACCUGUCUGGGGUCUAACAUUGUGGCUGGGGAGACGGCUCAACACUACUGGCAGAAAGCUGAGAGUGUGGAUGGUGUUAUUGCGUACAAGAACAUAACGAGUAGUGCUGACUUCCAAGUUAGCAACAACGGGAGGAGUCUCACCUUCACCAGGGAUUAUAGUCUAGCAGGAACCACCUUCAGAUGCCAGAUCCAGAAAGGAGUGCACUCUAUUCUGAUAAACGAGUUGCACCAAGCUCCCAUCAUCCCUAAAAGUGGGCACAUACCCACGGGGCUACAGUGUGGGGUGUCUAACAGCAGUGUAACAGUUGGUAUUGACAACCUGCUUACUGCUGAUGUCUCCAGUACUGGUGUAGUUCAGGUAUUGGCUGGAUCCAGUUACUUCUGGAAAGUGGACAAUGCUGUUAUCAACAAGUUCACCGAAGGAUACACGGUGUCUAGCUCUUCUCUAGGAAUGGAAGUGAAGGGAGAUGAACAGUGUCACUACCUUCAGAACUUUAAGUACAUUGAUAAUCUGUACUCAGUGCAGCAGAUACUAGCUGUCUCAGUGUUACCAGAAGACUACAAGACAGCCCCGACUGUGGAGCUGACAGAGAGUGGGGGAGACAUCGUCACCAUCACCUGCACAUCUAAACUGGACUCCAUCCCCGAGACUCUGCAAGAAAAGCUAGGACUGAACGUGUUGUUUGAUGUGGGCGGGUGUAUGGAGUACACUGACGCUGUGGUGGAGGUCUCUGAUAACACGGGAACAUGUGAUGAGAGUGUGACGAGGUGGAUGAAGUUGAACAAGAAGAAACUGUGCUCUGAGUGCGUGGUGAAGUGUGCUGCUGCUACUAGCUGUGUUACUAGUGAGGAGAAGAUUGUAAAAGUACCUGCAGGGAAAGAGAAUUGCGGGAGCGGAGAAACAGGUGCUGUGACAGACGAAAGCGGCUUGCCGACUUGGGGUGUUGCCCUUAUUUGCGUCGUGGUGAUCUUAGGAGUCAUCUUUAUCAGCGCCGUUUUCUUUUAUACCUACAUGCAACGACAGCAAAAUCACAGUGAUGGGAAGAUCCUUGGGGCGACUGUCCUUAAAGUCGACGCUGCUGAUGACAAAAUAUACUCAGUUCCGGCAAAAUCUCCGACUAAAGAGGUGGAAAAUGCGGAGAUAGUGAAGACGAUCACCCUGACUGACGAAAAUAGUCCUGACCUACCAUGAGAUAAAGAUAAGACUCGUAGAGUCGCGGUGGAAAAAUUAGACGUUCAAGCUAUUAGUUAUAGUAGAUGUUUUAAUUUUGAUAUGUGGAUUGUUAGCCCACAAAUCUUGUUGAAUGUAUAAAAAUGUCAUUGUUCUAGUCAAUAUUUCACUGUAAAGGUUUGUAUCUUGAUUAUUAAACUAUGCAGUAUGCAAUAGCUCGAAAUAUGUUAUAUUCCGCACAAUUUUCUGCUGAAUCUAACACAAUGACAACCUCACGAGAUUUUACUAACAGCCUGCUCUAAAUAAUCGUUUUCGUGAUCUCAUUAUCGGCUCUAGAGACGCCUUCUUUUCUUAUCAUUGAACAGAAAAUAUUGUAUGGUAACAUUAUGACGAAUCAUGGACAGUAAUUUUCAUAUGUUGAUUGAAUUUAUAACAUUGCGACAUAGCUUAAUAUCUUAUUUACUGUACAAGA